AUAGCGCCCGAAGUGUUUGAAUGUGCGCUCGACUACAACACCGGCUAUUCAUUCCCCGCGGACUGGUGGUCGUUGGGCUGCUGCGGCUAUGAGAUGCUGUGCGGUCAGCGGCCGUACGACAUCCACUCGACCACACCGUUGGCUGAGGUGCUGGCGAUGCAGCGCAAGGAGUUCCCUCCAUUCCCGGCGCACAUCAGCCACGCCUGUCAGCACCUCAUACAGAGGCUGCUAAACACGGCGCCCGACGCCCGGAUCCAGACGGUGGCCGACAUGAAACGGUGCUCGGCCUACGCCACGCUCGACUUCGACGCCGUACUCCGCCGGGAGGAGGUGCCCACCUUUGUGCCGCCCAAGGAUCAGCUCAACUGCGACCCCACCUUCGAGUUGGAAGAGAUGAUCAUCGAAGCGAAUCCGUUGCACAAGAAGAAGAAGCGACUCCAGAAGCAGCAGAGUAUGCGACGGGUGGCCACCGUUGAGCGCCAGAACAGUUCGCUGUACUCCGAGUCCGGGCCGUCAGCCGACGAGGGCAUGACGGCCAUAUUCACUCCCAGCACAAGUAUAACCUGGAGAUCCAUUUCCCCAGCCAUGGCU